UCACUGGGACGUUUAGGAAAAAAAAAUCAGCGACCCGGACUUCAAAUUACAUAGGGUGCAGGCCGAACGAGACUUUCUACCUCCAAUAAACCAAGGGGACACUUUUCAACUAACGGAAAAAAUAACUAUGGAAGAGCUUGAACAGGCCCUAAUAACUAAAAGGCUGGGAUCGGCUCCAGGCCCAGACUUAAUCACAUGAAAUGCUUUGAAAAUGUCAUCAUAAAACUAAACUUGCUAUCUUAGAACUUUUUAAUGAAAUUCUUGAUAAAAGUUCUUUCCCAGAUAUGUGGAAAACGGCUACGGUAGUCUCAAUCUUUAAACCAGGUAAAGAGAAAACAACCCCCGCUAGUUACAGACCUAUAGCGCUUACCUCGCAGUUAGGCGAGACGCUUGAAACAAUUAUCAAAUCCAGACUCAACUACUACUGUGAAAAGAACCACAUAAUGCCCCCAAAGCAGAGUGGUUUUAGGACUAAACGUAGCACGAUGGACCAUAUAACAGCUCUGCAGAAGGAAAUAAUCAACGCCCAUACAGAAAAAAGAGUAAACCUGUGUGGAGUGUUCUUGGACAUUGAGCGGGCCUAUGACAUGCUCUGGCAUGACGGUCUGAUCCAGAAACUCUACCACAUGGGCACUCCAAAUAAAAUUGUCCAAUUAAUCAGAUCCUUCUUAUCAAGCAGAAAAAUUUCAGUCAGAGUGGACAACCAGACGUUCAAAGAGGUAGUGCUUGAUAAUGGAGUGCCUCGGGGAGUGUUCUCAGUCCAUUACUUUUUAACAUAAUGAUUGCAGACCUCCCCACGACGUAGCAAACUGGUUAAAAUUGUGUACUUUAGAUUAUCUUUUCCUAAAACCCAGGAAAUCAUAUUUAGAAAACCUAACCAGAAAACAGACUAUCCCAAACUAAUACUUAACCAAAUAACCAUUGACUAUAGCUCCCAUGUACAAUUCUUAGGAGUAAUUUUCUCGGAUAAAACCAAAUGGUCCCCAUACGUGGACAAAAUAACGCAAUCUGCCAAAAAAGGAAUAAACCUAAUGAGAGUAGUAAGCGGUAACAACUGGGGCACCCACCCAAAAUCUCUACUUAUCAAGCCCAUGUAAUCUCUACUUAUCAAGCCCAUGUAAUGUCAAAACUGCUCUAUGUACGUGGCCCCACUCUUAGUGCACUUGAGGUCUAACCAAAUAGCCAAACUCCAAUCAGUUCAGGCCACGGCACUAAAAGUAGUGUUGGGUGUACCUUCAUACACACCAAACCUGUCAGUACUGGCAGAGACAGGACAAAAACCAAUAGAACUGAUUAUCGAGGAGAGAACAGCCAAUUACUACUACAAGACGCAGUGUCUCCUUCCAGACCAUCCAGUCCGACAUAUCCACUCACAACCCCACAGACACAGAACAGGACGCCCCACCCCACAACCCACUAUACAACAUCACAUCCAACAGUUAGAAAACACAAAAAGUGCAGAAACAAACAUUACAGCACCCUACCCUCAUACCGACAUGCACACUCCACCUUGGACACUUCCACAACCGCAAAUAGACACUGAUCUCACUAAAUAUAGCAAAGAGGGCCAUCAACACCUAAUCACCUCAGAGAUCAACCUCAAACUGGACACCAUCUACAAGGACUACACGCAGAUGGCUCCCACGACCCAGAAACGCUAGCAACUGGGCUGGGAGUCUAUUGUCCUGACUACACAAACCUUUCCUUCAAACUCCCGACCCACACCUCCAUUUUCACAGCCGAGAUGACUGCUAUACAGACAGCCCUUGAGACUAUACACCUCAAACUGAGGGACACCACAAGACGAGAGUUCUUAGUACUAUCAAAAAGAUUACCAACGAAAAUGGAGACGUCAGGUUCCUUUGGGUUCCCUCCCAUAUUGGGUUAAAAGGAAACGAGGAAGCCAAUAAACUAGCCAAACUGGCAGUAAAACAAACUAACAAUCAUAAAAUUACCACCCUAAACAUCAUCUGUUUCACCAGCAGAGAGGAGAAUAGCAAUAAAAUCAGCAAUAAAAUUAAGAUGGAAUGAGAAGUACAAGAUUGAAGGUAAAGGAACUAGGAGACUGAUAGAUGAACAACUCAGUACUACUCUGCUUGUCUUUGGCUCAAAUAGGCCCCACCAAUCCAAGAUAGCCAGAAUGAGACUUGGCGGAGAAUAUCUAACUAAAUAUAGAAUAGACCCUCUUUCCUGCACAUGUGAGGACAGGCUUAGCACUUCACAUGUGCUUUUGGAGUGUCAUGAAAUCAAAGAAGAAAGAGAUGUCUUAAGUCGGGUCUUAAAUAAACACAGGCUAGCCUUAAACAUUAUCAUCUGUCUUAACCCACCAAAAGACAUAUGGCACGCCAUACUGUCAUUGGUAGUGACAAUGGUGGCACGCCACCCGUAUGCUAAGCUCAUAUAUAAACAGGUUUAUAUAGGUUGAACUAAAUAGGUUGAGGGUAACCCUGACAUGACAGCAAAAACAAUGGCGGAAGCUCUGCUCAAUAAUUUUAUUGUGCACUAUGGGAUGCCUCUCCGGCUGCAUUCUGAUCAAGGUGCCAACUUCGAAAGUCGGAUAAUCAAAGAACUGUGCCUGAUAACGGGAUGCCAGAAAUCUCGGACCACCUCAUACCACCCUAUGGGCAACGGCAUGUGCGAGCGGUUUGAUCGCACAUUGUUGAGCAUGCUGGGAACGCUGAACGCACAUCAUGUUGUACCACUCGUGCAUGCAUAAUAGCACCAGACACGAAUCCAUUGGCUUUCCCCCCUAUUCAUUAAUGUUUGGGAGAGACCCCCAGCUGCCAGUGGACAUUGAAUUUGGGCUUGGGGAAAGGGGUACGCCUCAGCCCUGGACAUGGACUCUGAGAGAGAAACUACGUGACUCAUUUGCGCUCGCAACCGAAGUCGCGGAGGAAAGCCGAAGAAGACAAAAGAAGACUUACGACAGCAACACCCGUGGUGCCACCCUUGAUGUUGGCGACAGAGUGCUCGUCAAAAGGCUAGCGUUCAUGGUCAGGGUCUUCAUGUCCAGAGUUGAGGAUAGUCUCCUCUGACGAAAAUCUGGUCUGACCGCUGCCAUUCCACCUUGUCUCCAGGCCGAGGAGCUUCAUGUUAUAGUUCUUCAUUUCCUGUGCAACCUGAGCUGAUUUACCUCUCUUGUACAGGGUUCUGAUGUUCCGGGUCCUUAUCCUGGUUUUUGCCUUGGCCGUGAGAAGAUUGGUCGGCGAGCUGGCUUCCCGAGAGCUUUCGCCAGCACGCGUCAUAUGCCCUUCUGGAGAGGGAUCUUGAUGAUGAUGAUGAUGAUGUCUAUUUAUAAUGCGCAGGUAUCCAUUCAGAAGAAUGCUCAUUGCGCAGCAAUAAAAAAAAAGAAAAAAGAAAUAAUUCUACAAAUAAUUACAAAUAAGCGCUUUGUAAAACGUGUCUUAAUAGUCAUAAAUCAGUCGAUGUCAGCAAGCUUGGGUCAAGCUUGGUGACCGGAGUUCUUGGCCGAUUACUAUUCCGCCAAGCUUUUUCCCAGUUCGCCAUCGCAGCCGAAUGAGCGAUAGCGUUGCUCGCGCACCGUGAGCCUUGGCACUUGCUUAGUGGAUAUGUUUAAUUGGUACUGGGCUAACCAAUGUUACAAGAAUUUCCCAAGCAUGGCCCAAGCUUGGCCAAAUCUUGCGUGUUUGCUGGGAAUAUCUAUGAACUUCUCUUUCUCUAUAUCCUAGCUAGACUACUCAGCUCUUCGUCUGAUGACUGUGCGCUCUCUACUCUUCUCAUCAGAACAACCACAUAAACUCCAAGGAUUUUUAAUGACUGCGCUGCAAAACAGCGGAGCCCUCCGAUCUUUUCUUCCAAAUCUGUCAUCUACCUUUCAUCGAAUCCUUAAUACGUGAACUAAAAAUAUAACUGUUCAACGGGCAUUACAUCAAUCAACACAGCUGUCAAAAGUUGUGAUCGUAGUCAAUUGACUAGUCCGCCUUCUCUAUAUGUUUCUCUUUCCGUCCUUUAUAUUCUGUCCAUGUCUGGUACUUAACGUAAGCGGUGAGAGCAAGCUACUUCCUGAACGUGAUUAUGCACUGUACAAAUCACACUUUUUUUAUUAGUAGUAUUGUCACACUAUAGUAUUAUUAAUUAUUAUCAGCACAAUUCACAUACUGACGGUUGUAUUGUCAUUUUGCAUACUUACCUUUUCUGAAUUUGUGGUGAGAGAAAUCGCACGAAAUUUAUUCAGAUUCCUUUUCUUUACACAAUUUUAUAUUACAUGUAUUUGUAUUUUUUCUGUCCUGGAAUACCCAGUGUUACCGACGACACGUUGUGCAUUGCUUUUUUUUAUUCGUGUCUUUGACAGCACUGUCACUGUCAAAGUUGAUUUGGAUGAAUAUUUAAUAAACAAUAUUUUUGUCACAAAUCAGUACCGCGACUUGCUUUUGUGAUACUUGCUGCAGAAAUACUUGUGAGACUUUCAGCGAGUUUCAUCCAGACCUCUAUUAAACAGAUUUUUAAAAAAUCGCAGAAUAAGGUGUUUUUUAGGUUGCGUGUUUUUGAAACGACUGUUUCCGUACCCAGGAAGUAGCAACAUAACACUUGGGCGAUAAAUAUCAGAUCUGUCUGGAAGCAAUCAGUGUGCAUGACUGCCGCCAGGAACGACGCCAAGUUACGAAGACAUAUUGCGCUUGUUUCUGCAAUCUACACCAGCACGAUAACGGAUUUGACAGUAGCUUGUGCCACGCAUAUCUGCCAGAGCUUCAGAGUUGAACGUGCCGAGUCAUUGCAGAUAGAGCCGGCCUUCUUUCAGAAAUUCAUGGGGCAAAAGAUAGCUAGAGGCAGCAAACUGCAUUUUGAAGAAACACAGCCGAGCUUCUUUGAGGCGGUCUACCCCUAAACUUUGAAGAGUGAAAUCUGCCAGAUCAACGCGAAGCUGUGAGCUGACAGUCGAAAAGGAAGAGAACGCGAAGAAACGCAAACGCGACAUGUAUCAGUGAAGACCUUCAUCUAAGUGAAGGCAGACAAGUACAUGACAGAAUCUCAGAAGAAAUUUGUUCUCUGAACAAAUCCACAUAGUGAGAACAGCAAGUGCCUCCAGAAACAUUCACCUGAAGCUAAUACUUGGAUUAAAUCAGUGGUUUCCUAAAAAUGACAGAACUGAGAGAUGUCAGUGUCCUCUUGGGCAACAGCAAGCAUAUUUUAAAUAUUUCUUCCUUCCAAGAAAAUGAAACCGAACAUUAUAGAGUUGCAAACAAUUCGAAGAAACACCAUCUUGGUUCUACCAUGCCAGACCUUUCUUUUGAUUCUGCAAUGCAUAAAGUGAAUAUCUAUGGGGUUCCCCUUAUUGUAGUUGUGGGAAUUAUAACAAAUAUAUUAGCUUAUGCAGUGUUUACUAAAAGCUAUCUUCGUAAAGUAGCUUUAAUUCCUUAUCUUGCAGGAAUUGCGGUAUCAGACAGUGGGUUUCUCUUUACCUUUUUUCUGUCAUUUCUAACAUACAAUCAUGAGUUGCCACUUCUGAAUCAGGUGGGACUUUGUCAAUUUGGAACAUUUGCAAACUUCGUUUUUUUGUUCCUUUCAAAGUGGUAUUUGGUUGCAAUGAUGGUGGAAAAAUUUAUUAGUGUAUUCUGGCCUUCCAAGAAGUCAUCUAUGUGCACUUCAUUUCGAGCUAAAGCUGUACUGAUCAGUUUAGCUGUUUUGGCCAUUGUCUGUUACUCUUACAUGAUAUAUUUCUUUGGACCACAAACUAAUAAAUUUACUGGUCAUCGAUACUGCAAUCCAUGGCAAGAAUUUCAUAAACACUUCAGCAAUCUGAUGUUUGUUGAUGCCUUUAUAGUGUCUGUUGUUCCUCUGCUUGUGACUCUUGUGCUAUUGAGUCUUAUAAUAAUUCAUGGAUGCACCUGCUGUAGAGAAUCAUAUGCUUUUGAUAAUGUCUGUAGAAGACACGACAAAAGCAAACAAGCUAAAGAGACAAUGUUCAUCAGUAAACUGCUUUUUCCUCUUGUUGCUUUGGAUUUUGUGUGCCAGCUGCCACUCUCAGUCCUUCGUAUCAUUGGCUUAUUUAACAGAGUUGGCCAAAAGGACCUAAUACCUAAAGUGCAGCUUGUUGUACAUCUUAUCCAUCUACAAUUUUUUGCAUGCAAAUUUUUCUCAUAUGUCUGUUUCUCAAAAAACUUUCGGGCUGGAUUAAGUGAUGUUGUGCUUAAUGUGUCAAAGGUUUUAUCGAGAAGGUUUCACCGCACAACCUUCAGUGGUAAUGAAAUAGAAGAAUCUGAUUUGCAAAGUGCCUCUGCAAAUCUACAAAUUAGUACUUCUUUACAUUUUACACAAUCAUCUGUGUAAAUAUUUAAUAUUGAAUGAUGUUUUUACAGGUUAUUUUUGUGCCAAAUUAGACAUUUAAAACAAAAAAUUUGAAAGUGUAUACUUCUGGAUAAGGAAAUAGAUAAGUUUUAAAAGAAAUAUUAAAUAGGCUGGAUAGAUUUGUCCAUAGAAUUUUCUAUUUAUUUACAUUCAUAGAUACACUGAAUUACUGUUCUAGACAUAUAAUUUACAUAAUUUUUUUCUCUUAAAGUUACUAUGAAUAGCUUAAAUCAUUUAUCAUUUGCUUUAUACCAUUUUAAAAUGUUAAAAAUAAAUGACAAGACAGUCUGCCAAGAAAACAGUAUUCAGAAUUAUGUACCAGUGUUUACAAUUGUAAAACAGCUCAGAAUUGACUGGACAAUGUGACCCAUCACAACAUGAAGUUGAGUAGAUAACAACUUGCUUGAAAUAUAUUUUAUGUAGACUGGAGAAGACCAAGCUUGCCAUAGUUGAUACUGCACAGCAUAUAUCACUUUGGAGAGCCUUUAUCCACUCACUCAAUCCAACAGACUACACAGGCCAAGAGAACUAAGAUGUUCAUUUCUAGAAAUGUUUACAAAUAUGUUGGAUAUAUAUAUAUGUAUAAUAAGAGACUAUACAACCACAGAGAAUACAUUACUACCAGCAAGCUACACAAGUUUUGUCAAAUGACUGGGCUGAUUAUUUUCCCAAAUCAGUGAAUUACACCCCUUUCAUCCACUUAAACCUUCUAAUCAUGAAUGAACAUAAUACAUCUACUUGUCCUGGCUGCAGUCAAUGGCAGAGGUGGAUUAUUAGACAAAUGAUUAUUAGAUGUUUAUGUGAGAUGUGUUUUUCCUCUUUCUGCUUAUGGUGAUGUUUGCAGGCUUCAUACCUUGAGAACAGAUAAAGCUCUGCAUGCAUUAUCCUUUUUUUUUAACCUGCUGAACCUGUAGGUAAGGUGCCAAGGGAUAGUUUUCCUGAAGUAGGGUGUCCAACUAAGCCUGCAGAUUACAAGUAAUGACCUUCCUUGUUGGGGGUAAUUUGCAUAUUGGGCACUCAAAUUUUUCAUUACUCGUUUGUAAUGCAUAAUUAAUAUUAAUUGUUACAGUAAUCUAAGUCAUUUAUAUCAUAUCAAUGUAUCAAAACAUUCAUCAAUAUUUGUUGUAGCUGUCUUACAGUCUGUAUGUAUCAUCCAAGACUACUUUUUAAUUACAUCAUAUUAAACAUAUUUAAUAAUAUCAAGAGCAUAUCUGCCACUGUUGUUAUUCACUGCCAUUUAUUGUGAUUUUGAAGAAACAAAUGUAAAUAAAACUCCAACCUAUCUUCCACCAAUAGCAUUUAUCCUUAAUGUCACUUUUAAACCAUUCAAAAUUUUAAUUAUGUAUGCAAAAUAAAUGAGUUAUAAAGGA